AUGGUUAAGAAAUGGCAGACCUUGAUUCAGGCACAUGUCGAUGUCCGAACUACAGAUGGCUACCUUCUUAGGAUGUUUUGUAUCGGCUUUACCAAGAAAAAGCCUAACCAAAGCAAAAAGACUUGCUAUGCUCAGCACGCCCAGGUGAAACUUAUCAGGAAGAAGAUGUUAGACAUUAUUACACGUGAGGUUGCUUCUAAUGACAUGAAAGAAGUAGUCAACAAGCUCAUUCCUGACAGUAUUGGAAAAGAUAUUGAAAAAGCCUGCCAAGGCAUCUACCCCCUACACGAUGUCUUCAUCAGGAAAGUAAAGGUCCUUAAGAAACCAAAAUUCGACCUUGGUAAACUGAUGGAAAUGCAUGGGGAAGGCAAAGGCUCAGCAGGUGGUACCGGGACCGAAACAGGUGACAGACUCAACAGGCCUGAGGGUUACGAACCACCAGUUCAAGAAUCUGUAUAA